AAGUGCACUUAAGUAUGUUAAGACCUAUUGUCAUUAAAGUGUAAAAGUACACUUACGUGGCCUUUAAUUGAAAUUAUAUGAUAUUAUCUGCAAAUGCACUUUUAAAAAAAUAUAUAGAUUUAAGAUUUGAAGUACACAAAAAGUGAACUUUUAAUACUAUUAAGCACACUUAUUUUCACAAGGGUAGUUUUUGCUCGUGGGAAAUAGCAUGUGUAAGUCUGUUCCUAUUGAGAUAGAAGAAGGUAACAGAAAGAGAUUGAUUUAGAGUUUAAUUGCAGGGGUAAUCACAAGACAUUAGAUCCACUUGCAAGCUUUUAAUAAGAAACAUUGUGGUUGUACAGGCAGGGGUUAAUGACAGCAAACACAACAGGGAAGAACAGGCAGAAUUGUGGUCGGUACACAGGCAGAAUGUCAGGGUAUCAAGCUGAAAAACAAAAAAUAUAGUCCAGUAGACAGGAAGCAGUAAUCGUAAACCGGGGAACAGACAAAAUAAGCAACAGGCAGACAAUAGAAAAUGCAAAGAAGUGUAAACCGUAGUAGAACAAGACCUUUCGAUGAACACACAAAAAAGCUGGCAGCUUAAAUACUAAAAUCCAAUGAGCUGCAGCUGGAGAGUGAUCAAAGUUAUAAGUCCAUAGCUGUACUUAACUGUGUAGAACAUUCAGUGUUUUUAGAAUAUGUCUGUGUUUCAGUAUGUCACUGGGUCUUUCAGCAGUUUAUAGCUUGUGCACCAUGUGCAUGUGCAAGUCACAAUUUCACAGAAAUCACAUAUCACAUAUCAUGAUUCCAAACACUUAAUAUCUCUUUAAUGCUCAUUAUAUCACAAAAACAUCAACCACAUUGACAUAGCUUCUAUAAAAUACAUAUGAGGUGUGAUCUAAAUGACAUGAAGUUAAGCUCCUGUCUGUGGUACUACAGUUGAGGAGAUAAUGUCCAUCUUUAUCUUGUCUUGAAGGGAGUAAAACUGUUCUAUCUCUUUCAAAUUUCAGGCUAAACCUAGAACACCUCUAGAACCCAGCCCACACCUCUAGCGUCUUUAUAAACUCACCAGGUCCUCCUGUUCAGCUUCAUUCAUAAGAGUGUCCAUUGACCAACGUUGUCAUCCAGUCAUCAUCUGCACUUAUCUUCUACAAUGAAACUGCUGCUGUCUCUCUUUGUUCUGUUGGUCUCCAGUCUGCUGGUUUCAGGCAGGGUGGUGCAAAACUUUUUAGCACCUACACCUCCAGGAUGUCCUGGAUUCUUUCUGGACACUCCAGCUCCACAGGGUCGGGUCACUCCGACUGAACUGUCAGGAAAUCAGUAUGAAAGAAUCUGUCAGGAAUAUUCGGGAAAUGACAGAUUUGCCACAUAUUAUAAUACUCAGUUGCGUAUUCCUGUUUGGACAGCAUAUAGAUUUAUUGGAACUGGUGGAAACAGCAGACCUGGAUGGAGAACUGAACCUGGGCUCAACAAGAACCAGCAGGCCUCCAACUCAGAUUAUAAGGGAAAUCAAAACGUUUUGGACCGAGGUCAUCUGUAUCCUGUUCUUCACACAUGUACUCAAGCCGAUUCUAAGUCCACAUGUACUCUCACUAAUGCAAUACCACAAUCUUCAUCUCUGAACAGAGGCCAAUGGAGGGUGCAGGAAGAGAACAUUGCCACGAUUAUGGAUGACUGUCUGAACACAGGUUACAGCGUGUAUGCUGUGGUAGGGGCAGUUCCAAACAAUCAAAACAAUAACAUGAAUGGUGUAAACAUACCAACCCACAUAUGGAGUGCUUUCUGUUGUAUUAAUAACAAUUUGAUUGUCAAGGAUUCUAGGGGUUAUAUCGCAGUGAACCAGGGGAAUAACACUCCCGAUGACAUGACUGUGCAGAACCUGGAGACUCAACUCACUGGUCACUAUGGGUUGGUUAAUCCUCAAGUGUUUCAAGUGUUUGGAGGCCGAUGUUAGGUUUAGGCACUGAAAUAGACCAAUGAUACUUUAAACUCUGCAUGUUACAUUCUAGCUUUGCCUUUUAUCUUCAGCACUUGAUAAACAUGUUUAGAUAAAUAGGAUUUAAUUGUUACUGAAAACGCUUCCGUCUGCCAUUAUUCAAUGGUGUUUUAUGAUUGCCCAUGAGGUAAAGUAAGAUACAAAAAAAAUGAAAAGAAAAACUAUUUAUGAUUGAUCAUUUGUAGUAUCACUUACAGUACACCACUGUUGAAGCUAUUCUGUUUGACUGGUUGCACUGUCAAAAUUGUUGGCUUUUUAUGAAUAUUGUUUUUCUCUUCUCUUAUUUCUGAGCCACUUUGGAUAAAAGCAUCUGCAAAAUGAA